AUGUUUAAACCACUCUCCACCAGCUACUCAAAUGAGCUCACUAACCAUCUCCAUAACGCCCAAGGCCUCGUCUCAGUUAAGAAGGGCGACUUUUUUCCGCUGUUCUGGCGAGCCUGGAGCUCAUCCUUUACUAAAAACAAUAUCUUGAAGGCCUUUAGCGCUACUGGUAUAUGGCCAGCAGAUCCCGACGUUAUACUCAAAAGGUUUAGUUCAACACCUGAUAGGAGCCACCGCGAGCGAUCUCGGCUCUCUCCAAGUGAUUGGAAUCACCUGAGGCAGCUAGUACGAGAAGCUGCCGAAGAUGGAGCUGAGAGUGGAGUUAAAAAGCUUAGCGCUUCACUCCAUCAUCUCCAGGUUCAAAAUGAGCUAUUGCGUCAUGAGAUGGAGGGAUUGAGAGCAGCUCUUUCGCACAAGCAGAAGCAUAAAGGCAAGGGCAAAGCUCUAGAUCUUCAACAACGCAAGGAGUAUCAUGGCGGAGCGGUCUUCUGGUCACCUCGUAAGUUCCGCGAAGCUCGAGCUCGAGAAGCAGUUCGUGAACAUGAGGAGAUGGAGGAGAAACUCCAGAAAGCACGGGCUAAGAAGGACCGCGAGGAGACUCAAUUGCAGCGUCAAGCUGAGCGCGAGGAAAAGCGCACUGAGCGAUUGAGACUUAAUGAGAUGCGUAAGCUUGAGCGGGCUGAGAAAGCAGCUGAACGCGCGCGUAAAAAAGAAGCCCGCAAUAGUGAAAAAGCUCAACACCAAGCUCAAAAGCGUAAGCGUACAGCCUCACGAGUGUCUGCCUCUAAGAACAAGCGUCAAAAACUAUCAAUGGUGGAUGGAGCUCGCGAUGGAGCUGCAUCUACUUCAUCAUCUAUCCCACCAAAGAUCACGACGCGAGGCCGCAGCGUUAAGCUCCCGCAGAAAUUUAGAUAG